AUGGAGUGAGAGCUCGGCUUUUGAUCCGAGAGAACGGCACGCCUAGGGGUCACGCGGAGGGACCUGAAAAACCAGCUGGCUGAAAUCAUGACGCUCCGCGAGCCGCAGUCAGAGAGUAACCAGGAGACAUGGAGUCUAUCCUCUUCUUUGUACGCUUAGAUUCACACUAGUGUUCACUUUUCACUUGUCGUUGCUGUUGUUUUUGGAAGUUUAGGUGUUUUAUUGGUUUACUUACGCUACCUUAAACUCUUCUCGUGGCAACUUUUUUUUCUCGAGGAUUUUCACCUCUGCAUACCGAAGAUACCUUGCGUGAACGCGGCAGGUGUCAGCUCUUCAGCGGCACUGGAGCACUGAUUAAUUUGUUCGUUGCUGCCGAAGCGUCGACAGCCCUCUCACAUCAGACCCGAGCACGGCGGACUAUGCCCCCCUCGGUCGGCUGAGGGAGAGGGGGCUAGGUGCUGCUCUAUUUGGCUCCCACCUGCACACUGAGGACCAAAUCAAAGCUACGACGCCAGACAUCUUGGUAUUUGCUGGAAAAUGCAAGCUCCAACCACCGUACCUGGGAGCAGCUUCACCACUGACAAGGCCAACGUAACCAAGUCCCAGGAACAGAUUCUUAUUCAGAGCUCCGGAGCGAUGGUAGCAGUCAUCGUAUUAGGCGUUAUCAUUAUUCUGGCAAUUCUGCUCAUCAUCCUAAAGACCUACAACAAGCACACCCACGUGUCUAGAAUGCUGGGCACCUCCAAAUCACGGCAGAAGCUGUCCUCUGCGUCCACAGCGGUCACCCAGCCGACCUACACGGCCGCGGGGAACCCAGAGAUCUCCUCCGUGUCGGGUAGCGUCGUCCACCGCUACGGCUCGACGUUGGAGAACGGCUUCCAUGCCGCGGAGCUGAGCGACACGCAGCUCAACGACAUAGAGAUGUUCAGCACGCACAGCGGCUCCACCGUGGUCACGAUACACGACCCGAUGUCGCUGGAGAACACAUAGAAGGAGGUGCCAGGACAGUGACUUUGAAUCCGUUUUGGUGCAACAGAAGGAAGUCCAUGUAAAUAUACUCAAGGAUCAAUUGACCGAAUUUGUGUGUGUGUGUGUGUGUGUGUGUGUGUGUGUGUGUGUGUGUGUGUGUGUGUGUGUGUGUGUGUGUGUGUGUGUGUGUGUGUGUGUGUGUGUGGGUGCAUGUUCGAGCGCUACCUGUUUUUCUCGUGAAACAUACUGUACAGGGGCCGACUGAAUACUGUGUGAAAAAUGAAGGCACCGAAUGAAAUGUCUUGUGUGAAGGAAUAUUUAUCAAUUGAGCCGCUGACUAGACACAGAUUAUGAGGUAGAGUCUAUUAAGGAACACAUUGCAAAAUACAAAACAAUAUGGAAACAAAUACACAAAUCAUACAUAUAAAUAUAGGCCUACUGUACAUGAAGUCAGAUAAUUAAAGCAGAACUUUUUGGUUGAAGGAUUAAAAAUGUUAUUUUUAUAAGUUGAUAGAGACUGAAGUCAGUGUAGAGAAAUAUGAAAGGACGUAUACAGUCGUGUACCAAGGGGGAUUUAUUAACCGCUUUCUUUCACAAAAAAAGGUGACUUGGGUGUAUGUGUUGUGCAAUAUCAUCCUAGGUGUGUCCUGACAGGUUUCAUGUCCCAGGGUUAUUCUCUAGCGUGACCCUAAAAUGGCAGAUGGAAGAAAUAUAUAAUGUUAGCAGAAGGUUAAUGGCCGUACCAUGCCUGUAUAUAUUAAACAUAAAUACAAAUCAAUUAUAGUUUUUUGGAACUUUUGUAUGAUGAAACACUGCAAACUUUAUUCUUUAAGGAAUCUUGACUUUGAGCAUCUCAAACCAUCACCGCUAUUUCCGUCAAAUGUGGAUAAGGCUAGACUCAAGACAAGAGCAUUCAUGGAAAAACUGUUUUGCUGAAUACCUCGAAGUAAGUAUUUAUCUUGUUCUGAAUUAUUUAUCCAAAUAAAAUAAUUAAAAAUAAAGCGUUUAAGUUCAAAUGUUUGGUGCAAUAUUUAGGUUCAUGAAACUCGAGAAAGAAUCUUAUAAAUGUAAACCAAGGAAUUGCAACAGGUGGGGUACUGUAUUGCAGCUCUGGCGCCACCUGCUGGUAUU